AGUGUGGGAGGUGUGAGCACACCCUUCUCUCCUCAAAUAGGAGCGGAGGAACACCAUGUGACUGUCAGUGGACCGUAGGCUAUGGCUUGUCAAGGAGGGGGAGGCGAGCGGCUGACGUAGGCAAAGGAGGGCAUACAUAUUCACUGAGCGAGCCACAGGUUAUUUCAGAGGAGCGAGAUCUCAGUGACACUUGACCUGAACAAGCUUUACAAGCUCAGAAACCAGAUUCAGAAAGAACUGAUUUACUUAGGACCAAGGGGACGCCAGUGACUCAACGCCGAACGUUUAGCCUAGCUGUCGCAAGGUAUAGUUCAGCGAGUGAGCAUACAAUUGGCCCUUUUUGUUUUUACCUGACAAGUAAUCAAAGUUGGCUGUCAACUUCCAGGCUACUAGGAGGCCAGCUGCGUUCAUGUGUGACAUUUACAACCUGGAUUCGCAGUGCGUCUCUUCACCAUGCAAUAUGAGUUGGGCGAUGGAGCCUACAAAUUUCUACGACAAUAAACUGAGCAGUCUCCCCGGAGACUGCAAAACCAUGCGAAGUGAUGGCAUGGUCGAGGAGACGAGUAUGGUCGAGCUGAGCACAGCGCCAGCCAUCUACGACGACGAGAGCGCUAUCGACUUCAGCUCGUACAUCGAAUCGAUGGCGUCAGUGCCCAAUCUCGAGCUCUGCAACGACGAACUGUUUGCGGAUCUGUUCAACAACACUGUGAAGCAAGAGAAAGCUGACUUCUGCUGCUCUAAUGCACCGUCCAGCCAACCGCUGCUGACGACGACCAGCACAUUUUGCGUCGGCAUUCAAAAGGACUUUGAGAGGAUGCAGAAUGGCAACUUCGAGAAAGGUGUAUUCAGCGCGCCCAUCAAACAGGAGACGGACUGGAGUGACAGUGACAUGUCCUCGCCGCUCGGCUCGCAGAUAGAGACCUGUGCGCAGACAUCGAUGACCCUGCACACAGGGCAGCCAACUCCACCAACUACGCCAGAGCCCCUUUCCGUCGGUUCCCCUUCGGGCCCCCGGAGACACGGGAAAGAAAAGGGUAAAAAGAACCUGGACAGAUACAGUCCGGAGUAUCGCCAGAGACGGGAGAGGAAUAACGUCGCUGUGCGUAAAAGCAGGGACAAGGCCAAAGUGCGCAACCUGGAAAUGCAGCAAAAGAUGAUUGAAAUGAGUUCGGAGAAUGACCGUCUGCACAAAGCAGUCGACCAGCUAACACGCGAGCUUACAAGCUUGAGGAACUUCUUCAAGCAGAUCCCCAACUCUUCUUAUGGGGGGACCGUGGACAGUCGGUGACAAGUGAAUCGUGCCUUAGAGAGACUGGACUCUUGAAAACAUACCUCAAAGGACAUAUUCUCUGUAGCAAUUGUACAUAAGUUACACCAGAUUACUUUUUGACACUGAAAAUAUGGCUAUUGCAGUCUCUUGCUGCCACAUAUAUAUAUAUAUAUAUAUAUUUUUGAAUUUUUGUAUUUUAAAUUAUUCUCAAACUUCAUAUAUUUGUCAUGGUACUCCAAACUCAUUACAAAUGCCAGAGCAUGUUUAAAAUUUUUAUAUGGUUUGUAUAAAAGUUGGGAAAUCUGUGAAAUCUGUAAUAAAAUGACUUGAAAUCCUGAAA